CUGCUAGCACUAAUGUUGCCAAAGUAAGCCAUGCCAUUUGCCACCAUGGAGCCAUAUUUGGCAUUUGAAGAUGUCUCGCUGGAGGGCCUAGCUCAGCCCCUGAAGGGAAGAACAAGAAUACAGUACACAUGCUUCACGGUGUCUCACCAGUUCAUCAUGAUCGGCACCAACACCGGCGGUGUGUACGUGUUCAACCGCACCUCGCGCCAGUUUGUCAGCAUUCUGCCUGGCCAGUGGGGUCCGGUCACGUGUCUGGCAGUGGACGGCGCCGAGCAACUGGUGGCGGCCGGCUCGCAGCAGGGCGCCGUCUCCGUGUACGCCUGUCCGACGGCGCGCAGCUGGUCUGGCCAGCUGGCGGCGCUGGCGCGGCUCGACGCCGAGGUGCGCGCCCUCUGCUGGCGCCACGCCCACUGGAGCGGCCGGCUCGUCUACGUCGGCACCGCCGCCGGCAAGGUGCUCUCCAUCGGCGUCGGCAAGAAGAAGACGCCGGCGGCCUCCGCCACCAUCACACCAAUGCUGCAGCUGGACUCGGCCGUGUGCGACAUGGUGCUGCACGGCCACACCCUUCUGGUCUCCACCCUCAGCUUCUGCUACCUCUGCAACAUACAGAUCGAGGUGUUCGCGCAGGUGGGCACGCAGCCGCGCGCCGGCCGGCUGGGCGCCUGCUUCCUGGGCGAGGUCGUGUUCUGCGCGCGACCCGGCCUCCGGCUCUGGGAGGUGGAACUGAGCGGCCGCAUCGUCAGCACGCACCAGCUGCGGCCGGCGCUGGACGAGGCGGCGCCCCGUCGAGUCGUCUCCGCCUGCGACGAGCCGGCGGCGCUGGGCUUUGUCAAGCUGGUGCCCCUGCUGGCCGGCGGCACGGCCGCCUUCUCCGGCGACGCCGUGUUCGUGGUGGACAUGGCCGAGCGGCGCGUGCUGCUCUGGACCAACGUGCACCGCAAGGUGCGCGACCUGGCCGCCGUCGGCGAUGAGCUGUACGUGCAGUGCGAGGGUGGUGCGCUGCGCCGGCUCCGGCCGCUGCCGCCGUCGCAGAUCGUGCGCGAGAUGCGGCUGGCGCGCGGCGCCGCCGACUGCGCGCGCUUCCUCGUCUCGCAUGGCGACGUGACCGACCUGUGCCGCAGCCGGCGCGCGCUCGACGUGGUGCAGGAGGCGCUGCCAGCGUUCGCCGACGACGCUGAGAUGCGGGCCGAACUGGCGCGACUGGCGGCCGUGCUGCGCGACCGACUGUCCGAGGACGCCGAGGAAGCGGUCGCCGCUGACGAGUCGUCGGUCGACUCCGUGCCCGACUCAGGCUCGGAGGGCUUCCGCACGGCACCCAGCUCCGAGGAGUCUGCACCGCCGACCGACGAGGCAAUCGUCUUCCGCUCCAGCCGCACGCCGCGACGACACGACGGCAACGCUUCCACCGACGACGGCGCCGACCCGGGGGAGGUACGCGGCGUGUCGUGCGCCCCGGCCGCCGGCAGUCCGGCCUGGCUGGCCGAGGUGGCUGCGCGGCGCUUCUUCUACCUGCUGGAGCCGGACGCGCACGCCGAUCAGCUGACGGCCGUCGACGCGCUGUACGUCUGCCGGCACGCGGCGCGGGGCGGCCGCGCCGCUGCCGCGUUCGCCGAGUACCUCUCACGACGCCGGUGA